AUGAAUGAAGUGUUGUCCUCUCAGUGCACCGUCUCAGACUACCUCAGCCUUUGUGCGUCCUCCAAAGUCCUGCUCCUGGUCCCCGGCUUUGGUCUUAACAUCUUCAUCCUGGUAUCCCUGGUGUCUUGUUUGCUAAACAAGCAGAGAAGGAUAAGGAACAACGUGGCCAUGUUCAUCCUAGGAAGCACCUGCUGUAACCUGGUUAACCUCAGCCUGUGGCCCAUGACCAUUUACUGGAAGCAGCAUGGGCGCUGGCUGCUGGGCUCACGCAUGUGUGAAGUCAUGGUGAGCGCCAAACACCUGACCAGCUUUGCAUCCUUCCAGUACGUCUCCUUCAUCACCUUCUCCAUCUACCUGACGGUGGUGUGUGGCUGCAGACACCUGGUGAACAGCAGGGCGUUCCUGGCCCUGCAGCUCCUGUUUCCUCUCCUCCCGGUGGGGUUGAAGGAGCUCACCCUGUGGAUCCUGGCUCUCAAUGUGGAUCACCUGGAUCCGGUCAACCUGACCUGCUUCUCCUUCAUCAAUGAUAAAAUAAUGAGGGUGCUUAUGAUGGUGAAGAUGGUCCUGUUUUUGCCAUUGAGCUUAUAUUUUUACGCUCACGUUCUUCACACCAUCGUCCAGAGCGCCAAGGUGAUGCACAGGAGUCAGAAAGUUAAUGUCCACCUGGCAAAGGUCUUCAGCCUCAUAUCUCUCAUCACUUUCACCGCACAUAUACCUGGUAAGUAGGACAGUUUUUGGUGGAUUUUUUUUAAAUACUGGUUUAGGUUAAGAGUGCGUCUCAUAUUAAACUUUAUAAGCACAUCUUUGUGUUUACUAAAAGGUUCAUCAGUCACUUGAAUCAGACUUUUAUAAACUAAAAAGGCUGUUAUUAAUUAAAGCCUAUACAGACGUUGAAAUGCAGUUUAUAGGAAAAGUGAGCAAACAUAUAUAAACUGCGAUUAUUAGGUUUUUAGCCAAAAUCAUGUCACUUGUGUCAUUUUCAAGGGCUUUUCCUCUGCAGAGCUCCAGAAACUCAUUAGCGAGUCGCCUCUGAGUUGUGGGUGGAGACAGCGCUGCGCUGCACACUUCUUGAGUUAGCUUGCAGCCUAACAUUGCUGGUGUAGUAGAAGAAACAGGUAACAUAGGAACUAUUCAGCGCUCUGACACUAUUGUCUUUAGGGGCAUGAUGAAAGCUCAUAUCAUGAUAAGCUUACUUACAAGAAUUUCAAUCCGCUAACGCAGACGCUUGUUCCACGAUAGUCCUCUCUAUUUUUCUGAGCACAGCGGGACUCCUGGUGCGGAGCUUGGAUUUGUUACGUACAAUAUCUCACUGUAUCUGAUCCUGCCAUUUUGGUCUGCCAGAGAUUCCCAGCAAUUUGAAUGCAGAAAUACUAAGACAUGCAAUUUCACACUUCUUUUUCUCAUGAUAUGUCCUCUAGUAUCAGAAAAAUACCAUAUAAAUAUGUAGACAACAAGAAAAACAUGAUUUUCAUCGGAGUGGGUCUUUAAUAACGGCACACACACAUAUGGCAUGAUGAACAGUGCAGGGAUAAUUUAGUUACGCAGCACACAAAUUACACCUUUUUAUAUUCGCGUUUUUAAUUGACAGGUCUUUAAUGAGGUGAAUUAGGUGUGUAUAGUAGGCGGCUCAAAGCUGUGUACACUGUGUAAGAGUAUUUACCAAUAAAUAGCUCUGUCCUUAAUGAUUGUUGACACGGAUGCAGUCUGAGAGGUUAGCUUACAAUUUAGAUAGAGAAGAGAAAAAUAUGAUGUGUGGUAUGUUGUUUUAUACUGUGAUAACGAUAAAGAGAACAGAAGAUCAACAAACAUUAAUCUCAGUUUCUGAGUCGAUCAGCUGUUCUUGAUGUUGAACACAACACCUGUGUUUGACACAUGGCCCUCCUGGAUCCAAUAUGAGGCCCAAAGUUUUUUUAAUUACAAAAUUGGCACAGAUUAUUUGAGGGGGAGCUGAUUGCUUGAGCUUCGUCAGAUUAUGUCGAAGCACAACUUUUAUUCUCAGGUCUUCACCCAAUAGAUCAAAUGUACUCAUGCUGAGUCAGACAGCAUUGCUCGUUUAAUGAAAGUGGUGCUUUUUUUUAUCGGGCCAGAUUCAGACUCUUGAGAUGAGUUUACUGUAGAUGCUCCAACUGUGAUAAAGAUGUAAUUGUGAUUAACUGUGCAGCUUUAUUACAUGGAGGUUUUCCUUAAAUGUAAUCUGUGAUCAGUAAGCUUUGUUAUUAUUAGUUGUUUCAAAUAAUCUAAGAACAUCCCUGCCACUUUGGAAUCUUUCACUUACUUGCAUUACUGACAACAGUGCAGUUUUUGAUUAAAUGUAAUGAAGACCCUGCCUGUGUGCGCGCCAGUAAAAGUGAAAAACAUAUUUUGCAUACUUGAACUUCUUGUUUUUCUUUUAGCAAAUUAAAAUUUUGCUUGAAUCAUUCCCUCGUAAGAAAGUGAAGGCCUACAGGCUUCACCAAAACACGAACACAUUUGAAGAUAAAACUGGUUUUGAAGGACUGUUUCUGGGUUUAUGGCAAAAUACAAAUUACAAUUUUUAAAUUGCAAGACAUCCAUUCUCCUCCCAUGUUGUAUUCAUUGUAGGUGCUGUGUUUGCUCUGAUGGAACAUCCGUCUGUAUGUCAGGAGAUGGUCAGAGAUUUAUUGCUGGACCUGCCAUUACUCUCCAGCCCCAUAAUCCUGCUCUGUAUGAAUAAAGAGCUGAGAAACCAGUGUGUGCUGCUACUGCAGCGCAAACCUGCCGCCCGGUAUGAGGGGAAAACAUCCAUCAGCAAGACGUACAAGCAAGACAAGAACCUGACAAAUGGAGAGAAGGAUACCUCUCAACUCUAA